CCAGGUCUCUCGCGUUGUAACUACUGACUCAGAGAGAAAAAUGCAGGUGACCUAACCUCUUCAGGCACAAAGAUAGAGCAGUAGUUAGCAUGAACUAAUUCUCUUCUAGCACUAAAAUGGUGCAGUUAGCAUUUGUAGUUAGUAGCUGACACUCCCAUUAUAUAUAUAUAUAGAGUGAGAGAGAGAGAGAAAACAGGUGGAGAAUAUCUUCAGCUACAGAGUCCAUUCCAAAAUGGCAGAGAAACAAUUCACUGUAAACUCAAACAGGAAGCAGGCUAGGCAACCACCUUCAGUCCCAUUUCUUUGGGAAGAAAGGCCAGGAAUACCUAAAAAGGACUGGAAGCCAGGUACUUCUUUGGUUAUUCGGCCUGCUCCAAACCCUCCCGUCAAACUUGUUGUCUCGGUUCCCUUCUUGUGGGAGGAAAAGCCAGGAACGCCGCUGCCCUCCUUUUCACAGUCACCACCGCAAGAAUCGGUGCCACCAGCAAGGCUCAGCAGCCCUCCAUUGCUGUUAGCUUAUGCUUGCCACUACAAUGACAAUGAUAGCAAUUAUUACAAUAAAAGUGGGAAUUAUGGAGGCAAGGGAGAUGAAGAAGGUUUUUUUGAAUCAGACAUCGAAACAUUCAGUUUUGAAACAGAAGGUUCGUGCAGCUCGGCUCCCUCUCUCCUAGCAAAUUGCCUUGUACCAUUAACAGCAAUUUCUACUGCUAUUCCAGUGGAGAAAAUAUCAGCAGAGGAAGAUAAGAGUGACCAGCUGGAAACCCCUUCCUCGCCAGCUUCUGAAACAGACAGUAGUACAAGCAGCUAUGUAAUUGGCACUUCGAGCCUUGUAGGGGCUUCCUUCUUGGAACACCUGUUUCCACUCUUUCCACCCAGUUCUGGCUUUCUAGAGAAGGUAGGAGUAAAGGAUUGCAAGACUUCAAUGGAACCAAAAAGUAAACACUGCGAUCUUGAAGGCAAUAGCAGUGUCGUGGUAAGGAGCACCCCUACGCUUGGAGAGCUUAUAAUGAUGAGCCAAAGGAGGAGUUACCAGAGAAAGGCUAUUCAAAUGAGAAAGCAGAAUCUAUCAAAGGAAUUGACAAAGAAAGGUGCUUUCGGAUGCUUCAUUUUCAAAUCUGGCAGCAAGAUGAUCGAAGCACUGUAUCGGAAGAGGAAGCGCUUGCCGAUAUUGAAACUGAUAUAGAAAACUUCUACCUACUUGUGGCCCAACAUUUCUGCAUUCAGUUCCUUCCCUUCAGUUUCUCUUCAAAAUCAUUAUAAUUCUCAUUUCUGGGAAUUGACAGUGCAAAAAAAUUUACUAAAUCUGCGAUGUAUUGAAUUUUCUCAACUCUAUGAAAUAUAACUCAAAGACAGCUGAACUCAUAUUUCUGAUAAA